UUCAGUUAAUUAAACGAUUUCCUCGCGAACAGAUUUGACGACGAUGAAGCGCUUGCUAUUAAUUUGUUUCUUUUAUCCGUUUUUUGAAGCUGCUUUGUCGGCGACGACCGUCGGACAAGCGUCGAAAGCAUCAUGCGUGAGAAUUACGUACAAACGAACGAACGGUGUCGGCUUUCGAUGCACCGAGAUAACAACGCUACAGGAUAAUUUGAAUCGAGCGAGGACCAACACGACGAUCAUCACGAUCUUCGAUUCUAAUAUACCCAAUGUGCCCGGGCACAGCUUCGCGAGAUUCGGGGCGACCCUCGUGACUUUAGACCUGCACGAAUCCGGAAUACAGACGUGCGACUCUCAGGCCUUCAUAGGCCUCACGAAGUUGGAAAAACUGAUGCUCUGGGGCAAUAAACUGACGUUCGUGCCGGGAGAUUGGUUCGUGAACAUGUACUCGCUGAAGACCCUGGAUUUGUCAUUCAACUUUAUCCAGGGAAUCAACUCCACGGUCUUCCAAAUGCUGCCUAAUUUGGAGAACUUUUACUUUGACUACAAUCAACUGUACUUCAUCAACUACGACAUGUUCGCCUACUUGGGUAAACUGAAGAGAGUGAAAUUCAGCAAGAAUCCGUGGAGCUGGUCAUAUCGCGCUCGCUUGACGUGGCAGCUGGAGAAUCAGAAGGUCGAGGCGUCAGACGUGUGGGAGGAUUGGAAUUGGAUGAAUGUCGCGAUCAAGGAUUGCAUCGAGAGCGGCCGGGGUGAGUUGCCGAGCGACAAGGUACUCGACUGCGCUGUGGAGAAGCUGCUGACGUUCACGUACGAAACGUUCAGCGCGCAGGAGAGGAAUAGCGCAACCGGAUGCAACGAGCAAGCCGGGAGGCUAAUACGUUGCAUGAGACCGACCAAUGUCACCGGUGAUACUGAUUAUGAAACAGUACGGAGGAUCCUCGAGGAUUACUCCACGAUAUUGCCGUUCAUGCAAAGGGCGCUGAGCCCCUUCCCGUUGAAACGGUAAACGUGCUUUGUCUCCAUUUUCUCUGAAGAUCCUUUAAGGAUAAAGCUUAAAGGUAAAGUCUUGGAACAUCUUUACAUCAAUUUAUUACCGUUUUAUUAUUGCGGGUGCUUUUUUUAAUUGAUAUACUUCUGAAUUUACAGCUCGUAUAUAAGCUUAAAAUAUAUAAAUAAAUAAAAGGAAUGACUAUAUAUACAUUUUGUAAUAUGUAUAGUAUUAGAUGCUUAAAAUUAUUAGAAAUUAAUAAAAUUAUUAGAAUUAUCAGAUGCUUGUAUAAAACCUGAGCAACUAUUCGGGCUCGUUUUUCAAGUGUUUUCUAAAUUUGAGUGAAAUUUUAAUGAGAAACUUGAAAGAGAAAGGGAUUUACAAAUUUUUGCAAAAAUAUCUUUAUUAUAUUAACUUCUUAUACAAUGUGAAAUAUACACGAAGGUAUUGCAAAAUGAACAAUAAUGUGAUCUAUAUUGAUAGCACAUGAUGUAUGUGCUCUGAUUAUUAAAAACAGUUUGUUCAUUUAAAA